GUUGAAUCACAUGUUAUUGCGAAUUUAGGUGGAAGUCGCGAAGUGAUUCGCUGCUAUGGUAUUACUAAAAAUCCAGAAAAAAAUGAAUAUAUGAUGAUAAUGCAACAUGGGAUAAAUGGUAGUUUAAGACAGUAUUUAGAUAAGAAUUUUAGUUCACUGAAUUGGAUUCUAAAGUUGGAUAUGUUGCAAUGGAUGUCAUCUGGUCUUAUAAACGAGAAUUAAUUCAUCGUGAUUUUCAUUCUGGAAAUAUGAUAAGUGUAUCCAAUCAAAGGAUUGAAAUUACUGAUUUGGGAUUAUGUCGACCAAUGAAUGCUCAAAAUAACGAUACGUAUGGAGUUUUACCUUAUGUAGCUCCUGAAGUUUUAAGAGGAAAAGAAUAUACUCAAAAAAGUGAUAUUUAUGGAUUUGGAAUCAUUGCAUAUGAAGUUCUGUAUAGGAUUACCCCCUUAUCAUGAUAUUGCUCAUGACAGAACCUUAGCUAUUAAAAUUUGUCAAGGAUUAAGAUCAUGACCCUCUAAAACGACCUAUAGCAGAUGAAGUGAUUGGAUUAUUUUAUGAUUAUAAGAGAGAAAUUGUUUAUAACGAAAAUACUGAGAUCUGUAAACAAGUUGAAGAAGUUGAAGAAAUUAAUAAAAAUUUACCAUCAUUAACAGCAAAUACUGAUACACUCUCAUAUACUAUACAUCCUCAAGCAAUUUAUACAAGUAGAAUUUUAGAUUUUAAAGAUCUUCCAGAAUCCA